AUUGAGAACUGGAACAGAGUCUGGGAAGCACUUGGCUUGUGAGCGCUGGCUCCUGAUUGGGCUGGGAACGCUGCUCUUGGGGAAUAACGUGUGAAUUCCAUCUGCUCCGAGGAGCCGGGACGCGCGGCGAAUGCUGCCUGGAAAGGCACCUUUAGGCAGAGCCGCCCGGGGAGCCGUCCCGCUCCGCAUCCAAACUUGGAGCUGCCGCUGCGUUUCCUUUCCGCUUCCCUUCUAAAGUUUGUUGUGUUUUGCUCAAGGUGCUUCUGCUGUGGCUUUUGGGCUUGUUUUGCCCCCCCCACUUUUUUUUUCCUGCAUGGGGUUUCUUCAGGGAUUCAGCAUGCACGCGAAAUGGGGAAAUAAAUCAGCGAGUUUUGCAGCUGCUUGUUGCAGCCCAACAGUUAACAUGGAAUGUCUGAGUGCCUUUGAGAAACUCCUUCCAAAGAUUUGACCUGCCGGUGCAAGGUUACGUGGCAGCUGGUGAGGAAUCAUGGGCAGGAUUUGCAACCAAGGAAGAUGUCGCUGAACAGGCACUUCCCCCAGUCCAUGGGUGGGAUCUCACGGUCUGUCCUUUUGGAAUAGCUCAAGAUACCUCUCAGGAAUUGCUGAGUGGAAUUGCAGAGUCCCCCCCGGAGCGCUGUGGGCAGAGGCGCAGCAUGCCCAGCGGGGUCCCCGACAGGAACCCCACCAUGGAGCCCGCGGCCACCGCGCCCUUCCGCGUCACGGGGUUCCUCAGCCGUCGGCUUAAAGGCUCCAUCAAAAGGACAAAGAGCCAACCGAAGCUCGACAGGAACAGCAGCUUUCGGCACAUUUUACCUGGCUUCAGGAGUGUGGACAAUGAAAGAUCCCAUCUAAUGCCGAGGCUGAAAGAAUCGCGCUCCCACGAGUCUUUGCUCAGCCCCAGUAGUGCUGUUGAGGCUCUGGAUCUCAGCAUGGAGGAAGAGGUGGUCAUCAAGCCCGUCCACAGCAGCAUCCUGGGACAGGACUAUUGCUUCGAGGUGACGACUUCAUCAGGAAGUAAGUGCUUCUCGUGUCGUUCUGCAGCAGAGCGAGAUAAAUGGAUGGAGAACCUGCGGCGUGCCGUGCACCCAAAUAAGGACAACAGCAGAAGGGUGGAGAACAUGUUAAAGUUAUGGAUUAUUGAAGCCAAGGACCUGCCAGCUAAGAAGAAGUACUUGUGUGAAUUAUGCCUGGAUGACGUUCUUUAUGCACGAACUACCUGUAAAUUGAAAACUGAUAAUGUAUUUUGGGGGGAGCACUUUGAAUUUAAUAACCUCCCAUCGCUCAAAAACAUUACGGUGCACUUAUACAAAGAGACUGACAAGAAGAAAAAGAAGGACAAGACCAAUUUCAUUGGACAAGUGAACAUCCCCGUCAGCUCCGUCACGGGCCGGCAGUUUGUGGAGAAAUGGUACCCGGUGGUGAGCCCCAACCCCGGGAAGGGCAAGUCCCCGGGGCCCAUGAUCCGCAUCAAGUCCCGCUACCAGAGCAUGAGCAUUCUUCCCAUGGAGAUGUACAAAGAGUUUGCUGAGUACAUCACCAACAAUUACAUGGUGCUGUGCUCGGUGCUGGAGCCCUCGCUGAGCGUGAAGAACAAGGAGGAGAUGGCGUCUGCGCUGGUGCACAUCCUGCAGAGCACCGGCAAGGCCAAGGAUUUCUUGACUGACCUGAUGAUGUCUGAAGUUGAUCGCUGUGGUGAGAAUGAGCAUCUCAUUUUCAGGGAGAACACACUGGCCACCAAAGCAAUCGAAGAAUACCUGAAGCUGGUGGGGCAGAAAUACUUGCAAGAUGCCUUAGGGGAAUUUAUCAAGGCUCUGUACGAAUCAGAUGAAAAUUGUGAGGUGGAUCCCAGUAAGUGUUCAUCCUCGGACCUUCCUGAACAUCAGAGCAACCUGAAGAUGUGCUGCGAGCUGGCGUUCUGCAAAAUCAUCAACUCCUACUGUGUCUUCCCAAGGGAGCUCAAGGAAGUUUUUGCCUCGUGGAGACAAGAAUGCAGCAACCGAGGCCGCCCGGACAUCAGCGAGCGACUGAUCAGUGCCUCCCUGUUCCUGCGGUUCCUCUGCCCCGCCAUCAUGUCCCCGUCCCUCUUCAGUCUCCUGCAGGAGUACCCCGACGACCGCACUGCGCGCACUUUGACCCUCAUCGCCAAGGUCACCCAGAACCUUGCCAACUUCGCCAAGUUUGGCAGCAAAGAGGAAUACAUGUCCUUUAUGAAUCAGUUCCUGGAACACGAAUGGACUAACAUGCAGAGGUUUCUACUGGAGAUUUCCAAUCCGGAAACCAUCUCAAACACAGCUGGCUUCGAAGGCUACAUCGACCUGGGCCGGGAGCUCUCCACGUUGCACUCGCUGCUCUGGGAGGUCGUUUCGCAGCUGGAGCAGGGCACUGCAACAAAACUCGGGCCUCUGCCCCGGAUCCUGCGGGACGUCAACUCGGCGCUCAGUAACCCGGCCUGCGUGCAGGUCUCCGUCACGGCCGAUCACACCGCGUCCACGCCCAACGCUGGCAACAGCAUCUCUGCGGGGCUACAGAAAAUGGUGAUAGAGAAUGACUUAUCUGGUCUGAUAGAUUUCACACGGUUACCAUCUCCAACCCCUGAAAACAAGGACUUGUUUUUUGUCACAAGGUCUGCUGGGGCCCAGCCCUCGCCUGCCCGAAGCUCCAGUUACUCAGAGGCCAAUGAGCCCGACGUGCAGAUGUCUAAUGGCAGCAAGAGUUUGUCCAUGGUGGACUUGCAGGACAAUCGGCUCUUGGACAGUGGGGCCAACGCGCCCGGCACGGCUGACUCCCUCAAUGACAGUCAGUCGUCCCUCGGGCAGUUGCAGGGCGUGUGGACCGCGCGGACUCAGCAGAACAGCGUGACGGGCAUGGCCACCGUGCGCCGGGUGGGCCAGACCCCCACCACGCCGAGCGGCGAGAGCGCGCCGGGCCGGCCGCAGCUCCUGGCACCCCUCUCCUUCCAGAACCCCGUGUACCAGAUGGCGGCCGGGCUGCCGCUGUCCCCCCGCGGCCUGGGCGACUCCGGCUCCGAGUGCCACAGCUCGCUCAGCUCCCACAGCAACAGCGAGGAGCUGACGGCCAACAAGCACGGCUUCGCCGCCCCCGCCGCCAGCGAGGACUUCGCCCGCCGGACGGGAGAGCUGGCCCGCCGGCAGCUCUCGCUGACGGAGAAGGGCGGCCAGCCCACCAUGCCGCGGCAGAACAGCGCGGGACCGCAGAGGCGGAUAGACCAGCCGCCCCCGCCGCCCCCGCCCGUCUCGCGGGGCCGGACGCCGCCCUCGCUGCUCAACACGGUCCAGUACCAGCGACCCUCCAGCGGCAGCAUGAUGUCCUCCUCGCCAGACUGGCCCGGCAGCGGCGCCCGCCUGCGGCAGCAGUCCUCCUCCUCCAAGGGCGACAGCCCUGAGAUGAAGCAGCGCACGAUGCACAAACAGGCCCCUUCUCCUGUGAACCCCAAUGCCCUGGACCGCACUGCUGCUUGGCUUUUGAAUAUGAACAUGCAGUUUUUAGAAGAUGAAAGCAUUGACCCAGAUUCCAAGCACAGGGAUAAGCUCAGGAAUAAGGACGAGCUCAGCCAAGCAGAAAAGUACCAGCAGGACCUGGUGGUGCUGCAGGACAAGCUUCGCAUCUCCAACAAGAAGCUGGAGGAGUACGAGACUCGCUUCAAGUGCCAGGAGGAGACGACGCAGAAGCUGGUGCUGGAGUACCAGGCCAGGCUGGAGGAGAGCGAGGAGCGGCUGCGCCGGCAGCAGGAGGAUAAGGAGAUCCAGAUGAAGGGCAUCAUCAGCAGACUGAUGUCAGUUGAGGAGGAGUUAAAGAAGGACCAUGCAGAAAUGCAGGCUGCUGUGGAUUCCAAGCAGAAGAUUAUCGAUGCACAGGAGAAACGCAUUGCUUCACUGGACGCUGCCAACGCACGGUUAAUGAGUGCCCUUACUCAGCUGAAAGAGAGGUACAGCAUGCAGACACGUAAUGGGAUCUCCCCCACAAACCCAACUAAAUUGCAGAUUACAGAGAAUGGAGAAUUCAGAAACAGCAGUAAUUGUUAACCCGCGGAGGGUGCUGCCGCAGGAGAGGAGGCCUGGCCAGAGAGACCGUGCAGCAGCAGGUGUGAGCCGCGGCUUCAGAGAACGGCUGCUCUCCCCAGAGAACCCAGCUCCUUACUGCGGACGGCGCGCGUGACUGAGCCCGUGUGCGAGAUGCUAAUGCCAGCACAUUGAGGGGACGGGAAGAUCGAGUGUGAGAUGAGUGGCAUAAGGAAAUAACAUAUAUUUGAGAAUCGCUGUCACUGUUGCAUUUAAAUCAGUGUUUAAUGUUGAAACAAAAGUAACCUUUUUCUUCUAAACUGCCCAAAGGAGAUGCUCACCCCUCCCAGCAAGGAAAAACAUCCUUGCCAUUGCAGUAAGCGAAUAAAGGGAGCUGGGCGCAGGCUGCAGCAGGCACAGGCCGGUUUAAGCGUGCUGCUGGACGCAGCAAAGCUCGGCCUGCUCCCACCGUGCCCCCGGAGCACAGCCCUCCCACAGCAAACCCCCGGCCAGCCCAGCCCUCCUACCCCAGGCGGCUUUUGAGAGGCCAGUGACUGUCCACAGGGCAGUGACGCAGCUGAUUAGCAUUUAAUUAGGGGAUGCAGUCCAGAGGAAAGGUCAGUCGUGCUGUGUGCCAUGUGGGGUGCUGCGUGGGGCCCCUGCAGUGGCAGGACAGGGGAUGGGGAUCCCGGGGAGUAGAGCCCAGGGCUCUGGCACACAAGCCAAGGGAGGCGCUGGCACCUGGUGAUGCGAUUCCUCUCUACAGCGUCUGCUCCUCACAAAUAAUGGGGAAGAGUCUGUGUAAGCAAGAGCCCCCGGGCACUGUCCCCCCACACGUACUUGUGGCCACAGAAUAAAGUGAAUGUUACCUGAGCUUGGUCCCUGAGCUGUGAAUGAGGGGCUGGAUUUCCUGGUGCCCGUCGUGGUAGAGGGGAAUGAGGGGCUACGUGAAAUGACCAGCUUGGCCUGCCAAAGGGUUCGUUAUGGGGAUGAAAUGCUCUGCGCAAAGAUUUUUGCUAUUUCUGGGGAGAAAAACAGACAAAGAAACAAGAAAAAGCCCUGAAGAAUCAUGAAGAUCGGUAAUUGUAUUUCUUUUCUUUCACAGUAUGCAUUAGAAAAAAAAAGAUCCCAUUUUCUGGAAUACUGUCCUCUUUAAAUUGGGAAUGAGCACUGCAUGGAAAUUAUCCGGCUCGAAGAAUGUAAAACAUGGUCAUAAGGGAGUAACCAACAAGAACAGCAGCCACCACCGAAAGGCCCCUUGUCAGGAGCACUGUGCAGGCAUAAGCCAGGAUUAGACUUUCCUAACUGCUGAACCGCAGAUUCGGCACGUUCAGACACGUUGUGCUCAGCAGAGGGGUCACCUCCUUAACGGGGGAUUGUGCCGCUGACCUGCCGCCAUGGUGUGUUUGUUGGUUUGUGGUUUAUUUUGGUGUUUUUUUUAAGUUAGACCUUCAUGACUCCCACUCUCAGAGCAGGUCACUCGUACCAAGAGCCAGAGAGAGUUCUCUGAGACACGGAUGCCAGUGUACAGGACACCUGCCUGUUCCUCCCACUAAGGUUUAACACCCUGCUCCACACCCGUCCACGUGUAAAUGUCCAGCCCAAGGGCCCCGGUUCCGUCUCCAGCCUCGCGUGACCGGGGCUGCCCGAGCGGGACACGUUCCAGCGCGCUCCGCGUUCCGUGCUGCCCCACAGCCCUGAGGCUCAUUAACCGCGUUAUGACACACGCAAUUGUUUUCAAAAUUAAAUACGCUUUUUUUUUUUAAUUAUUUUUUUCCCUAACCAGUGCUGUGUUGCUGGGCCGAGGCCGGUGCGGCUCGGUGCACUGCGCUCUCAGUGCCAGCGCCUGCAGGGAGCUGCGGUCACAGCCCCCAACCACAGCUCCUCACAGAAAAAUAAAUAUGUACAAUGACAAGUACAGUCACCUUUGAAUUUUGGAGACUAGCACAGAUGGCUUUGAAGAACGUCACAAAACUGACAAGGUUACAGCUGGAGAAAGACCCAGACAGGUUAGGAAUACAGGGUACUGUGAACCUCUGCGUACGUACACGUACACCUGCCGUUGUCUCAGAGUCAAACGCAGUACGAGAACACUGUAAAAAGACUAUUUUAACCCCUGUUGCCCUGAGAUGUAUGUUUAGAGAUGAUUGUUUUUUGAGUUCCAAAAAAUUUGUGUUGCAAGAGACACAAGUUUCUCAAGUGAGAAGCAACACAGAGGAAUGGAAACACCACCAGGGCAUGGGGAUGGGCACCCCACCAGCAACGUGUUUCCAUUCACACACAGAAGGAAUUUGGGGAUGCGGUCAGUGCUCUCUCUAUGUGCUGCAAAAAAUAGAAAUGCCCACAAAACAAUUGUUUAGUACUGAAGCCAAGCACAGUACAUCUUAAUCUGCUCCUCAACCACAAGCCAAGGCACUGCCCACCCCAUCAGGAACUCCUGGGGCACCUCAGACCCGCAAACCACUGAACACACGUCAACUAAAAUAGCAGGAACGCUUCAAUCCUUCCACAGUGAGUUGUUCAAAUCUUUUAAGUUCCAGUGCCAGCACCUUCUGGAGUUGUUGCUUAGUUUCCUGAGCCAGAAUGAAAAUAAAUUCAAAUCACAAUGAAAUCUCGUUACAGUAGAGAUUCCCCCCUCAGCCCCUCUGUCCCCACGUCUCCUUCCCCCACAAGCGUCAACAACUGGACCGAAACGCGACCCUCCCUGCAGAGGGCUGGGGAUAGGUUUUAAGAUCCAGGCUCAGUUCUGUUCUGUUCCUCGUUUGUGUUUGUUAUUUAUGAACUGUAUAUGGUGUGUGUGUGGGAGCCAGCGGCGGCCGCAGAGCCAGACCCAGCGCAGCAAUACGGAGGCGAUUCCACAGCAAAGCAACCACUGUCCCCAACCUCCUGUGAUCGGCUCCGUUUUCUUUUCUCGGUCUUGCGCUUUCUACAGUAAGAGGCUGUUCUAGUGCAAACUCGUCAAAGUGUAAACUAAAUGAAAACACACUCGAAUUUUUAUCUUAAUACAAGUCUUAAUAUUUUUUUGUAAAUGUUUUCAGUGUUUACUGUAACGUAUCUAUCUCACUAACAGUUGUAUAUAGUAACUUACUUCUGGUGCUGCUUAUUCGGUCAGGAUUUGGCUGUAUCUCACUGCUGUUUUGAAGAGGUGGGCUCACACCAGAAAAUCUGGAUCCAGACACAGGUUACAGUUUCAGUCUCCUCCUUUUGGGGCUCUGAGGAAAGGGAGAGAAGCCAGCGAUCCAGAUUUGGGGUUGGUCCACCUCAAGAAUUCUGUUUUAAGAGUUUUGAUUUGGGGUUUUGUUAAACUGUAGUGAACACUUCUGAAAAAUGAGCAAAGUUCUGCGUAAAGGGGGAUGAAAUGGACUGAACAAUGUCCCAAGGUCCCUGCGGACGGCAGGUAUCAUCACUUGGGACAGGGAUUAUGGCUUCAGUGCCAAAAGACCGGAGGGACCCCAGUCCUUCCCCACGCCAACUCCUACUACAGUGUAGUCACCAGCCCCUUUUGCACCACUUUAAGCAAAUCCUGCGCCAUCCAAAGAGUCCACUGUUACUCUGCAUUGUCAUUUGAGUCUGGUUGGUUUUGUUUUCUGCUUCUGCAGUUGUAAAGCACUGAUUGCACUGUGAGAAUCCUCUGAGCUGGCAGCCAGCCCCGCAGGUUGCUGCAGGGUGCAGGACACAGGUUCUGCUUCUACAAAUAUUCCUAAAAGGGAAAAGGAACUUGGUGGACCUGAGAGAGGCAUCACAGGCUCUCCCAGGAAAGCAAUCAGCAAGUUAUCUAUAAUUUCCAAAGUUCAGAGAGCUCAUAGGGUUUCUCCUCUGUUAUUAAUGUCCAUAUCCAAGAUGCAACAGAAAACACACUGAGGUCUGUUCUGUGAUGAACAAGGAGAGGAUUUUUAGGCACAGGAGAUGGAAAAUACAGUGAUGUGUUCAGCCAGGACAGCCACAAGCAGAAAACCCUGCGGGAACAGCGUGCAGCGCCACGUCCUUCCACCCGCGACGGCUCACGGGCACCCUCCUCCAGAGGAGCGCUCGGGCAGUUCCAUGAGGCUGCCCUGCUCCGAGCAGCCCCCUCCGGCCCUCCCCAGACACAUCACUAACUUGCCUUUUCUUUUCCCUUGGGGACAAUGACACAUGGGGGGAGAAGGAGGACGACAGCAGCACCGCGACCAUGCAGCUCAUGGGCUUCACAAACCAAAUCCAAUCUUGAGGGUGUUGCACAACAUUCAGAAACAACCAUGCUUUGAGAAAAGGUGUCACGGUCAAGCAUUGACUUUCCCAGCUCGCCCAAGCUGUGACAUUGCUGUAAAUGCCAUGUGGUUCUGCAUCAGCUACCGGUACCCAGAGCGCAGUCUCCAUGUUCACCUAUUCCUUUAUCAUACAUCACUGUGUCUUAAGAUAUACCUCUCUCUGUAUAUCUGCUUAGGCUGAUACUUGUUCCUGAUAAGCAGUCGCUAUGUUUUAUAUCCUCUUAUAAAAGAAAAACAAAUCUUUUUUUUGUAAGUAUGUUUAAAAAAAAAAAAAAAAGGCAAAGUGGAAGUGUUUGCUGAAUCUCCUUCAGCUCCUUUUAAACUAUGUAAUAAUGUACAGAGAAAGUUGUUGGUGUUCAAAGAAAUGAUGUGGCUGUGCAAUUUAUGUACAUUUGCAAUUAGAAAUAUUAAAGAUUUAUUUAGAUAUUUUACACAA